AUGACCACACGAUCAAAAACGAACGCCAUCCCCAACGUUACUGUGUCAUGUGUGACCCUUCUAGUAACUUUGAUCGGAUUUGCUUCAUCUGAAAUGGCCGUCGUCAACAGCCGAUGCCCUACCACCUCAUCAGUAGCGAAGAAAAUCAUGUAUGCAGAUCAAUGUAUGGAAAAAGGAAUCGCCUUGGCAAGAACCCAAGGAGAUAGUAAGGAACGGAAACAAUGUUGGUUUCCAAUCCAGUGUCCAUUGGGGCACACCAGAGUAACGAUUCCUUUACCUCCGAACUCCGGAUAUUUUGGCAGCAAAUGUCCUCGUCCAAAAUGGACGACCACCUGUUUCUUCUACGAUGGACGAUAUAAAGAAUCUUCACAAGCCACGUCUGUUCAUUUCAACAAUCGUCACCAUGCUCCAGCACCAUGA